AAUGGCAGGUCCUCUGCUACUCCCCAGGUCUCCCAGACCUCCUGGCCUGGUCCUGUUUGGCCUGCUGGCGCUCUGUCUCCUGCUGUCCCCGGGCCACCCGCUGAGCUGCGAGGUUUGUAAAGGCCCUGGGCCUUCCUGCUCUGGGAAGCUCAAGACCUGCGAGGGCGGGAAAGACGGCUGCGUGGUCAUCGUGGGAGAAACCGUUACAGGUGGCCGGAAGUCACUGGACACGUUCAAGGCCUGCGUCAAGUUCAGCGACUGCCACUCGGGCUUCAUCUCGACCACCAUGGGGCCCCGGGAUUACCUGGUUUCCAACUCUCGGUGCUGUCAGAGCGACGGCUGUAACCGUGAGACCCUCCCUGCGCCCACCAACAACCGGACGGAGAACGGACUCAGGUGUCCGGGCUGCAUGGUCCCCUUCCAGGACAGCUGCUCGGGGAAGGAGAUGGCGAGCUGCGUCGGCACGGAGACCCACUGCAUCUACUUCGCUGGGACUGUGCAGGCCGGUAUCAUCAACACCAAGUUUGCCUCGCGGGGCUGUGCCACGGAGACCGCGUGCCAGGUGCGGGAGAACGUGGAAGUGCCUUCGGCCACGUACACCUACCGCCUCAAGCAAGCCGACUGCCAACCUGCGCCGCGACCCCCGGGCCGGGCGGAGAAAUGAGACCCAACUCCAAGGCCGACCCGCGUCCUCCCGGAUCAAUAAAUUCAAAAUCAGAG